UUUCUUCUGCGCAUGUACCAAAUGUCGGUAUAAAAAGUUGCAACUUUUUGUGGAAGACAAUAAUUUAAGUCAUUUGAAAUGAGGCUCAAGUUCUACUUAAUCUUUUAGAAUAAUGGGACCAAAAUUAUAUAGAAGAAAGAGAGGGAAGUCUUUGAUUUCCUACAUGCAACGACAAGAAAACAAUGAAGAAGACGUACGUCGACCUUUUGAUGGUUUCAACAUGAACUGCUGGGCCCCCAAAACAUCAACAGCAUUUUUGACACUAUUAUCUGCUAGAUACUGCAGUGCGUUAUGGAGCAAUAUCUCUGAUUGUGAUGAAACAUAUAACUAUUGGGAACCGACACACUAUCUUAUAUAUGGUUCAGGAUUUCAAACCUGGGAGUAUUCGCCAAAAUAUGCCAUUCGAUCGUAUACGUAUCUUCUCCUACAUACUUUACCUGGCUUGUGGCAGAAACGUUUUUAUGGCGUUGGAGAUAAGGUUAUUGCAUUUUACUUGACCCGUAUUUUUUUGGCAUUGAUGUGUACAACAGCAGAAGUUUGCUUCUAUAGAGGAGUUAUGCACCAAUUUGGAAAUCAUGUUGCUCGAAUCCUGCUAUUUUGUUUAGUCUUUGCAAGUGGAAUGUACAUAUCUGCAGCAGCCUUCCUUCCUAGCAGCUUUUCUAUGGUAACAAUGAUGAUUGCAUAUGGUGGAUGGUACAUCGGUGAUUAUUCGAUUGCCAUAUUCUUCACAGCCGUAGCAUCGCUUAUAGGCUGGCCGUUUAGUGCUCUUUUAGGAUUUCCGAUUGCCUUUGAUUUGGUUUUUGUAAGAAAACGUUUGGUAUACUUUAUUUGGUGGUCUCUCACUUCAUUCGUUGCUCUUUUGAUGCCUCUUGUAUACUUCGAUUCGUAUUAUUAUGGGAAAACAGUUUUUACAGCUUUCAAUAUAAUUUAUUACAACGUAUUUGGAGAGGGUGGACCGGAUCUUUACGGAACGGAGCCUUGGAUAUAUUAUUUCCUGAACGCUUUUUUGAACUUCAAUAUUGUAUUUGUGUUGGCGUUGAUUUCCCUGCCGCUGUACAUGUUGCUAGAGCUUUAUUUGAGCAAUUGUAAAGGCAAAAAAGUCUACAUGCCACCUCGAGUUAUUCUUUCAUUGGUUGCCAUCUAUCUUUGGAUUUUGGUAUUUUUUACGAGACCACACAAGGAAGAACGAUUUCUUUUUCCAAUUUAUCCUUUGAUAUGUCUUGCUGGUGCUGUUGCCCUGUCUUCUCUUCAGGCCGCUUUCGACUCCUUGCCAAAGCUGAUCAAAUUAAAUCUUGCUGGUACAGAUUUUUCUGUAAUUGGAACACUCAUGGUUUUUGCAUUGGUUUCCUUGUCCAGAUCCACAGCGCUAUUUAUAAAUUAUCAUGCACCAUUAGAUGUGUACCACCAACUUGAUCGGUUGAAUGAAAACAUGAGAAAUGAAGGUUUAGAUAGAAAAUUCAAGGUCAAUCUGUGUGUUGGCAAAGAAUGGUAUCGGUUUCCGAGCAGUUUCUUCUUACCUAAAGGCUGGGAAUUGAAGUUCAUUCGUUCGGAGUUUCGUGGGCAGUUACCCAAACCGUAUAGUCUUCAUGCAAACGCGACUAAAAUUAUUCCAACGGAUAUGAAUAACAUGAACAAAGAAGAAGAAUCACGAUAUAUUGACGUCAAAUAUUGUCAUUUUUUGAUGGACUUAAGCACAUCCCGCAUAACGUUGCUAGAGCCAAGUUAUUCACUCGAUAGAAAAAACUGGGAUGUCGUCAUCUCAAAACCAUUUCUCGAUUCAUACAGGACACCACAUUUAUACCGUCCAUUUUAUAUACCAUUUUUGUCGCAACAAUUCAAUGUCUACACGGGCUACUCUUUGCUUAAGUCAAAACUAUGGAAAGAAAAAAGUACGAGAAGAAAACAUAUCCUUGGUCAAACGGAUCUUGGAAAUGAUGAUUCAGACGAGUUUGAUGAGAUUGAUACGUAGCUAUGAAAGUUUGAAAGACAUUGAACUGUAAUUUUUAGCGAAGAAAUCAUUCGAUCAUGCCUAUUUCUUUAUGUACAUGGGCAACAUUUAUUUCAAUUCAAUCCAAUUGAAGAUGGCUAAUCAUAUGGCGACAUUUGGAAAACAAGAUUUACGACACUUCUUUAUCAAUUAUUAUUCUUUAAAAGCCUCAAUUUUGUUUCUUCGCAUUUUUGAUUUUUUCUUUUGUUUUAGUAAGUUUUCAUUAAGAAGUGAAGUUAACUAACAAA